UCGUUCCCGCACUAGACCCACAAUGACGCAGCACAGCACUUCGGCGAGGGCGGCGCCGCCAACUUGAAUGUGCGUCGCGACAGCUCUUCGUACCAACAAAUAACUCAGCAAGCAAAGAUCAAUUCUGUGCUUCUGUGGCAUUCCCGACCUUCCAUGGGCACACCCGCCCGUGAAUUAGCCACCGCGAUGCCCCUUUCGCUCUUCAUCGGCCAACCUGUCGUGAUCUGAGCCUUGAACGCGCCUGCGAUGCUUCCAGCCAGAGUCCAGACCCAGGCACUGCGAGCCUGGGCCAGGCCAGCUCCGAUCCCACGCCACUGCGCGCUUCCCAGAGCCUAUCUUGCUCACCCGCGAUCCCCCGCUGGCUCGCCGAGGGCUGCAUCGCAGAAGACAACCGAGCCCAAGGCGACCGGCGACAGUGCUCCCCGCUCGCCCAGGCGCUUUGCGCUGAUCGCCAACCGUCCAUUCAUCCGACACCUGUCUGGCAGCCCGCUACCGCAGACAAAAUCGAAAGUCCUCAACUUUACAUACCGCGCGGCGGCCUGGCUCGGAAGCUCCAUCGCAUUCGUCGGUCUCGGCGUCGUUGGCUUCUUCGUCUAUGACGCCUCGACCUACAAGGAGGCGGCCAACAACGCCGAGAUCUGUGUCCCGCAAUCUGCUCUUAACCCUCGACGCGGAGGGCCCAAAAAUCUGCCAAUCCUCGACGCCUAUCUAGACGACCAUGAGAGCGAAGCCACCAAAAGCCACUUGGGCAAACCCAAGCUGGUGAUUCUAGGUGGUGGAUGGGGGAGCGUCGCGAUCCUCAAGGAACUGAAUCCGGAUGAUUACAAUGUCACGCUCAUCUCCCCCACCAAUUACUUCCUCUUCACCCCGAUGCUCCCAUCCGCGACGGUGGGCACACUUGAGCUGAAAUCGCUCGUCGAGCCCAUCAGGAGAAUCCUUCACAGGGUGCGGGGCCAUUUCCUCAGAGCCAACGCCGAGGAUGUCGACUUCUCUCACAAGCUGGUCGAGGUCUCUCAAAAGGAUGCCUCUGGUAGGGAGGUCAGAUUCUACGUGCCCUACGACAAGCUAGUGAUCGGGGUCGGGUCCAGCACCAAUCCACAUGGCGUCAAGGGGCUUGAGAAUUGUUAUUUUCUCAAGGACAUCCGUGACGCGCGCAAGAUCCGGAACCAAGUUGUGCACAACCUGGAAUUGGCUAGUCUUCCCACCACGUCAGAUGAGGAGCGCCGGCGCCUUUUGAGUUUCGUCAUCAGCGGAGGAGGGCCAACAGGCGUGGAGUUCGCCGCCGAACUAUGUGACCUGCUGAACGAGGACCUAACACUACACUUUCCCAAGCUCCUCCGUAAUCAGAUCUCGGUGCAUCUCAUUCAGUCGAGGUCUCACGUGCUCAACACAUAUGACGAGAAAAUCUCCAAGUACGCCGAGGAGCGCUUCGCCAGGGACCAGAUCAAGGUCUUGACCAACUCCAGGGUCAGCGAGGUCAAGCCAGACAGCAUCAUUUUCACGCAAAAGGGUCCAGGCGGCGAGCUCAUCACCAAAGAGCUACCCAUGGGCUUCUGUCUGUGGUCAACAGGUGUGUCACAGACUGAGUUUUCCAAGACAGUGUCGGCCCGGCUGGGCGAGAGCCAGCAAAACAGGCACGCGCUGGAAACAGACAGCCACUUGCGCGUGAACGGGACACCACUGGGUGACGUGUAUGCCAUCGGUGACUGCAGCACCGUGCAAAACAAUGUGGCCGACCACAUAGUAAAGUUUCUCCGUGGAUAUGCCUGGAAGCAUGGCCGCGAUCCCGAGACUCUGGAGCUGCAGUUCAGCGACUGGCGCAACGUUGCGGCAGAUGUCAAGAGGCGCUUCCCGCAGGCCGCCACCCACUUAAAGCGGCUCGACAAGCUCUUUGCCGAGUUUGACAGAGACCAGAGCGGGACUCUCGAUUUUGGCGAGCUUAGGGAGCUCAUGCGACAGAUCGAUUCCAAGCUCACGUCUCUGCCAGCCACGGCCCAGCGCGCGCAUCAACAAGGCCAGUACCUCGCGCACAAGCUGAACAAGCUCGCAAGGGCCGCGCCGGGCCUGCAAGCUAACGAUAUCAGGGACGCCGAUAUCGAUGCGGCAGUGUAUAAAGCCUUCGAGUACAAGCACCUCGGCAGCCUUGCUUACAUUGGAAACUCGGCCGUCUUUGAUUUGGGCGACGGUUGGAGCCUCGCGGGCGGGGUCUGGGCUAUGUACGCGUGGCGCAGUAUAUACUUUUCCCAAAGUGUCAGUUUCCGGACCCGACUGCUCUUGGCCAUGGACUGGCUCAAGCGUGGCCUGUUUGGCCGUGACCUGAUGGCCUACUAAUGUUACACAUAUCAUGAGAACGUGGAUGGCCGCCAUCCAAGCCGCUCAGAGAAGCUUUUCGAGAUGGUGGAAUGACUAAGAUCGGAGACUCAGGAACCUAGAAAGAGACCUGUGCUAUCCGUAUGCUAGAGCCAGAGUCCUACCUGUACUUUUACCAUCACUUUCUGGUCCCCCGAGCGUUGCAAUUUCGCGUCCUGUGCCCCUUGCUCAUGAGAGGUCAUUCUUAGAAAUACCAUUGGCUACGCAUUUGCCCCCGGAAGUUUCCACAGCUGCCCUUCAGCACCUGAAAUACCUCUUCUCGAUCCACCUCUCCUCAAUGUCAUUCACUAGCUUGCACACGACCACGGUGAUGUCGGGGAACACGGUCGUCAGGCGGUGCAGGCCCAUGCGGCCGGCCGAGUAGGUGGCGAGCACGAUGCGGUCCUGGGGCACGCCGUGGUCGAGCAGGACCUGGACGGCCAUGAGGGCGGAGCCGCCCGACGACAUGUGGGCGUCGAGCAGCAGCACGUUGCUGCAGCGCGAGUCGAUGUCGCGCGGCAGCUUCUGGUACUUGAGCUCGGGCUCCCCCGUGCGCACGUUGGACUCGAUGACGACGUGGCCCAUCCGGCAGUCCGGGAUGACGCGCUUCAGGCCCGUCUCGAGCGCCGCGCCGCCGCGCUCCAGCACGAUGGCGCUCACGUCGCCCCGCGCCCGGAGGCCCCGGUACGUGUGGCCCUGCGGCGUGGUGACGCUGGCCUCUUGGAACAUGACGUUUUCGAGGGCGCUAGCGUGGGAGGUGGGUUUCCUUUGUCGUCAGUGGACUGGCCGAUGAGUAACCGGCGUAGUCACGCAUCCCUUCCAAGAACUCACCGCUCGAUCAGCAGAGUCGAUAUGCGGUCAAAGUAGAAGAUGAACUCCUCGCUCGGUGUAUCGAUGUCGUGCAGGAUGGUGUCCAUGCCACGCAUCUGCGGAGUCUGUUCGAGAAACACAACUCUGUCUGAGAGUGGUGACGCUUGGGACUCGAGCUCGAGUCUAGUCAGGGCAGCGCGGUGCUGCUUGGAUUUCUCCAAGAGCUUCUGCUCGACAUACUGGACCACCACGGCUAUUAUUUCGAGAAGAUAUGUAUGUUAGGGAUGAGUAGCUCGAAGGACAAAU